CGUUGAUAGGCUUCCUAUACUGACUCCUGAUAGUCGUUGUUAAUGAGUUUGUCCUACAGUGACCAACCCUCACCUACCGGUACUGAUAAACAGCAAUCCGCAGACCAUCGACACUGCAAAAGGAUUUAGCGAUCAGGUAGUAGAAACCCAACAACCCCAACAAAUGUUACUGCCAAACAACUGGCCCGUGUAAAGUCGUCCUUGCUUCAAGCCGGCACUUAGGGCGCUCUUAUAUUCAUCUUUUGCGUAUCAGAGUGAUAGACCUUUCCCGGCAAACGUUGUAGGCAGCUUUCAAGGGCACGUGUCAAUGCAUUCGCCGAUGUUCGCCGAGAACAGACAAGAGCAUUUAAUACAGUUACUAUGUCCCACGCGACUGCUCGUCGCUGCUCUGCUGUUUAUUACGCAAUCAGCGGCCAUGGAGGGCGUCAUUGGGUUGACUAACGGCAGUGCUACCAUGGUGGAGCAACAUCACGGCAGUCUGCGCCAAGGGCGUGGCCACUCACAGCAUCAGGAGUUGAUGAGAACACGUUGCAGCGUUUUAGAACGCCAGUACGUACCGUCGCCACUGGAGAAAAAUUGGGUUGAUUCGGCAGCGAAAUGGAAAAGUGAUGGUAACGGCGACGUGCACAACACAACCCAGUACUGUCAAUUGAUGAUCGAGACAGCGCCGGAAAUACAGAAGAUGCUGGGUCUUAUCGCUUCCCUUAUGAAGACAAAUACGUCAUUAUCCAGAGAACCGGAUGCGGACGCCGUACUGUCUUACAUUACCACCAAGGUCAAGUGCGGAACACAUGAGAUCGUCCGUAAGGAGCACAUCGAGUCCCUGGUCGGCGCCCUGCGCCACCCCUUCUCCAUAAAGUGCCCCGACGAGUUCACCUCCCGGCUUCCCCCCGCAUCGGACAUCAUGGAUCUCUCGUAUGUACUGCUGGCGGGCGGGUCGGACCACAAAGGACCCAUGGGUCGCAGCAGGUACUACCUAGAUGCCGGAGCGGGUAUCGGCUACAAAAAGAACCCCGACCAGCACUGGACAAUAGAAUCGUACGCGGCGCGCGGCAAUCAGCUCGACCGGGCGGUUUUCUGGGAGGCAUCGCCGGCGACGGGCGACGUCGUGUUGGCUGACGUGCCCCCGCACCUCUUCCCCGCCUUUACAUUCUACAACAUACCCGUUCCUCGAGAUCUGUCAGACCAGCGAAACAUACUCAACGUAGUCACGCGGCUGGCCAAACCCUGGGACUUCGUGUCAGUCAAGCUGGACAUUGACGCGCCAGAGGUGGAGGAUGAAUGGGCGCAGGCGAUCCUGGGCGACGGACCCACGGGUCAGCAGCGCUCCAAGUACGCCGAACUCAUUGACGAGCUGUUCUGGGAGCAUCACUUUGACCUCAAGCCACUGCGGGACUGCUGUUGGGGUGACAAGGUGGACUCCACCAGGCAGCUGGCGGACAGCAUGCGGCUCUUCCAGCAGUUGCGGCAGCUGGGUAUUCGGGCGCACUACUGGCCGUGAGGGAGCAAGGAAGCAGCAGGGAGGCGGGUCGGGUGGGGGUGCCGUUCGGAACUGCUGCAGGGGAAGGUGGAGGAGGGAGGUGCAGGAGGCGGGCGGGCAGCGAGAACAGCAGCAGCAGCCGUAGGUGGUCUGGGCUGAUGGUUUUGCAACUGCUGAGUAGCCGACAGGGCAGGUAGCAACAAACACGCACCAGCAUGCUGUGUGGCUGUGAGUGCAUGAAGAUUGUCAUGGCUGCUGUGCACAGUGAUGACACAUGCAUGAACUGCUGGGUACGACGAAUAACAAACUGCUGAAGCCAGCUGUGUUAAGUUGCGCGGCUGUUGCGUGACAAGCAAAGCUAAGAGCGCGACUGUGGAGCCGCAGGACAGAAGAAAAAUCGCAUGGUGUACGAAAGCCAUCUGUGUGAUAUCGCUGGCUGGGACAUCGUUGACUAGAUGUCGAAGAUAGUGGAGUACAGCGGUAGGCUGUAUGUGCUAUUGACUAGCUAUGUCGUUGUUCGAUAUACUGCGUUUACCUCUCAAGGCAUGAUGAUGGCAAUAGAAUAGUACACCUCCGCAAACACCGCGUGAGUUUUACUUGCAGGCUCGCGUGCGUGAGUCAGGUGUUGCGGGUUUUAACGCCUGGGUUCGCCUGGGGUCUUGGUUUUCCUUCUCUGCAGAGUUGGCGAGGUAGGAUGUUCUGGGCACCUCUAGCGUUUUUUGCGCAAGGAUGUCUCUGUUUGGGCGAGGAGAAUAGUUAUGUAUGGUGCGGCCGUUAGCUCAUGGCUGCUACCCUUUCUUCUGCCUCUUUUCUGGUUGCUUUCGGGCUUUCGGGUCCACCUUUCCUAGGCUCCUUUGGUCUUUGUCUUCAGUUGUCCCUUUGUGGUUUUGUUUAGCAGUUUGUCCGCAGUGCGUCGUAAGCAAGACUGCCUUUGUACUUCAAAGGUGCAUGUACGGCAAGACAGACGAAGCAGACGAAGCAAAAAAGGCACCCUGCACCUACUCUUUUUAGUCAUUCACUCUGUCA